AGAGCCAGUGAUGUUGUGGUUGAGAUGUGAGAUGCAACUCAGAGGGACUCGCUCAUAGAGGCAAAGUUAUGGCACGAUCAUCCCCGGAGAAAAAGGUCCCGCAGCAAUUCCUCUCUCCCAUAAAAUCCCUCACCAGUGACGCGCACUCCUUUUUGGGACGCACAACUCCUGAGCGAGAAAACCCAAAAUUACGCGUGAAAUUAAACUAAUUGAACAUUUGGGCAAAAGCGCGUCGACUGAAGGAGAUUUCAGCCGUGUUGAGUUGAGCUAGGGCCACAAUGCAACAGGCCUGUGAAGUGAAGUUAACAACUAGCUCACAGCUACACAAGGUAUAAAACUAAUCUGGAUGCAGCCAUAGUUACAAGUGCCCUUCGACCAACCUGAGAAUGACACACGGGGAAUAGGAUUCCUGUGUUUAUUCUUCACCUCCAGAGCUAUCAGACAUACUACCAAAUCCACAUUAACAGAGAAAUCAAGGCAGCCAUGAACCUGUUCAAGAAGGAUGUCAUGUCCACUAAGAAGGAGAAGGAAAAAGAGAUCCAGUAUGAGGAGCCUCCAGAUGGAGGUUGGGGCUGGAUGGUGGUGCUGCAUUGCUUCCUGGUGAACGUCCUUGUGAUGGGAACACUGAAAAGUUUUGGGAUAUUCUUUGUGGCUUUCCAAGAUGAGUUUGGAGGCUCAUCAGAGAGCAUCAGCUGGAUCGGUUCCAUCAUGUCCAGUCUGCGUCUGUCUGGAGCACCCAUUGCCUCUGUGGCCUGUGCCAAGCUAGGAACCAGGGUGACCUCCAUCGCCGGGGCAGUGCUGGUUAGUGGUGGCUUCCUCUUAAGUAUUUUCGCCAACAGUGUGGUGUUCCUCUACAUCAGCAUGGGAGUGAUAGUUGGAAUUGGCUUUGCACUACUAUAUCAAUCCUUCUCAGUGGUCACAGCACUGUACUUCCGAAAGAGGUUAGCGACAGCGUAUGCGAUCGGGCGUUCUGGGAUGGGUUUGACCUUUGCCCUUGCUCCGUUUACUCAGCUGCUUCUGGACAAGUAUGCUUGGCAAGGCGCAAUGCUAAUUCUGGGCGGUCUCAUGCUGAAUCUGGUGGCCUCUGGGAUGCUUCUGCGACCCAUCCGUGUGAAGCCUCCUGUGUCAAACCCUACCUCUUCUCCUAUUCAAAAGAGCCCUGCUGUUUCCCUCAAGAGCUCCUCAGAGAAGGAAUACACUAAGAGCUGCUUGAAUGGCUCCUCUCACUUAUCCAAUGGCAUCUCCAAAGCAGACUCAUUCCCAUCCCCUCCUCCUGCUCACGGGGACACUGAGAACCUGGGGGAACAAUGUACUCCAGGACUCCAGGACCAGUCAGUGAACCCUGAACUCACCAGACUGGUCCUCAAUGGUGUGAAUGGCCAUGAGCCACACCAUGACUUGUGUCAGUGUAAACCCACAACUCCAGACAGCUCAGCGGGGCUCAAUGGUAGCAUGAAUGUGUCCACCAUUGUUGGAUUUCCGUCGACUGCCAGCACGCCAAGUGAGGAGACCGUCAUAAAAGCCAAAGUUCUGGAUUUCUCCCUGCUAAAGGACCCAUUUUUUUGUAUCUACACUUGGUCCUUGGUCUUCAGCCAGCUGGCCUACUUCAUCCCCUAUUUCCACCUGUCUGCCCGAGCCAGAACCCUAGGCAUCGGUGCCAUGGAUGCUUCCUUCAUCAUCUCUGUGGCAGGCAUCACAGAGACUAUCGCCCAGCUGGCUUCGGGCUGGGUGACGGAUAGGAACCUGUUCCAUAAAUACCACUACCACAAGGCCUACCUGAUCCUCUGUGGCCUGGUCAACCUGCUCUCCCCACUGGCAACCUCCUACAUCCUGCUGAUGGUUUACGCUAUCUUCUUCGCCAUCUUCUGUGGUGGAUACAUGGCUCUGCUGCUGCCCGUCCUGGUAGAUCUCGUGGGCUCGGACAAACUCAACAACUCCAUGGGCUUCUCCAUGUUCUUUGUCGGCCUGGGUUGCCUCACAGGACCUCCUUUGGCAGGCUUCCUGUACGACUACACUCAGACUUACGACUGUUCUUUCUACCUGGCCGGGCUCUGCUAUCUGCUCUCCUCUCUCUCCCUGUUCCUGGAGCCUCUGGCUCAGCGUUGGAAGGCCAGGAACAAAGUGACCCAGACCACGAUAGCGGAAAGCAGCUGUAAGACCAACGGCUGCUUCGCCCCCGACCGCCUGCAGAACGGCGCUGUGUAGGAAUGAAACCCAGGGAAGGCCUUCGAUCUUGAACCAGCAUGCUCAAAAUUUGCCUUGGGCUCGCAUACCUUGGACCUUGGGCUCCAGCUUAGAGUCGGGACCCAAGUGACCCUUCUAUUCAGCGGAAGCAUAGCACGGGCCGUGGAGACGACAGUAACAUGUCUGAGAACAUGCAGUAGUCGGGACGUUGGUGAAUAGAUGAUUAUGUUCAACUUUUAACGAGCCAAAAUUUUAGUUUUUCAAAAAUAUUUUACCUCUAUUCUUGUUCUUAUCAGAGGAACAUGCGUCCAAACUGAAGAGAAUCCCCUACAUCUAGCACAUUUAAAACAUUCGCUACUUUGCAACCAUAACUUAUUAAAGCACAUCUGUUUUCCAAUGCAACAACAAAACUGCGUUCACUUUGCAGUAUCUUUAUCUUUAUAUUGCUGGAAACUAAGCUAUGCAGUUGAGUUAAUGGAAGCACAUAUCUAUGAACAAACCCUUCUCACUCGAUUUAUACUCUACAUCCUGUACCUGUAUCUGUACACCUGUCCUCACUGGUAUGCACUUUGGGCCAAAUUGUGAUUAUGCUGCAUGAAAUUUCCUUUGAACUGCCAGAUGGUUAAAGGUGGAGUCAGCAAUUCUUGAGAAAGAUGGUUGAUAUUUAUACUCAACACCCAAACAAACCCCCCCUCUGGAUUUACCAUCCUUCUCGCUUCCACUGCCUUUCAAUUUAUUCAUCCAUGGCCUGUCCCCUGUCCCGUGCACAAGCCAGAACGCCCCCUGUUGCUGAUUUGCUGGCAUAGUGUUGUGCGGCUCGGUCCAAUCCACUUUGUUUGUUUCCCAUUUACAGAGCCAGAUCUGUGCGGGAACAUCGGAUGAUUAUGUUUUUUCAGCGCACACACAGGACAGACAGCUAGUGGACCGUGUGUAGAUAUUUACUGAACGUGUCUUGUAUUAGAAUCGCUGACUGCACCUUUAAGAUACAUGGAUACUUAAUGGCAGGCUGCUUCUAUGACACAAUGUGUAAUGUGCUCUUAAAAGCCAAAAAGGAGCAACUGCUUCAGUAAUUAAAUAUUAAAUAUAAUAAUUAUCUUCUGUUCAGAUUUGGUUUUAUAUCUGUCUUUCAAAAAAGACAUUCAGUCCAUUAAUAGAAAUUAAUGGACUGAAUGUUCAAAGUUUGAACAUUUUAUUUUCCUCUCUAACCCCUUCGUACUCAUUUAUACUUGUAUCUACUUGUCUACGUCUUCAUCUCACUGCUCUACUGACACUAACAGCAUCUAUUAGUCAAAUUAUACUGUAAUUGAUUUUUAGUCUUCACCUGCUUCCAAACCAACUGGAACAGGAAUUACACUUCCACUUUUAUCUGUAACGCUGUAAAUGACAGUUGAACUGCUUUCAUCUCUUACGCUUCAGCUGCCUUCAGCUUUUACUCGUCACUUAAACUACAUUAAGCACUUGCAUACAAAUAGCUGCCAACAGGGAACAAACUUUAACUUUCAAAUGCUUUCAGCCAUGACACUUCAACUGACACCUCAGCUCCUUUCAAUGCUUACACCUUAAAAGACCAUUCAACUCCUUUAAUCACACUUUAACCUGUUUACAGUGUUUGUACCUCAGUAGUUACGUUUUUAAAUACUACACAAUACGACAAACUAGAACCUCUCUCCUUGUGUGGGUCAGUGAUUCAUUUUAUUAUUAAUUAGAAUAACUUUACACGCACAUUAUGUUUUACCUGCAGUGAACUAAACGGUCACAUCGAGCUCAUCGUCUGUGAGCUGUUCUAUGCAAGUGCACACAGAGAGAUUUCUUUCAUCGACAGCUCACUUGCACAUCAUUUUAACAGGUUGCAAAGAUACCAACUUGUGAAAGAAGAAGCCUGUUUGGUCGAGAUUUAAGAAUGCUUCCUAAAUAUAUUGAUCACAGUUGGAUUGCUGAAUAGCGGGGUUUUCUAUAUCAUUGUGUGUGAUUAAGUGUCAUUGUGUCUUUGUAUGUCUGUAAAUCUCUGACCAACUAUGUUACAAAGACGUUUUGCUGAUAUAAGAUGAAUUUGAAUAUAUAUAUAUUCAAAUGAUAUAUAUAUAACAGUGAUUUCCUUGUUUUUCACCAGUUUGCCUUACAAGGUACUGAAUUGUAUCUUGACUAACUUUCCUGUGAUGUCAGCCAAAGACACAUUUGAAACCUACCUACAACUUGAAAUGUAUGAUUAGUACAAAUAGUUUGGACUGUUUAUAUCAUUUAAACCGUGAUGACCCCCCCCCCCCCCCACCCCCAAUAUUCAUUCAUUAUUCCCAAGUCUUAACUGAGGGCCCUUGAAUCCACAUGGGACAGACAUGUUUUGUCGCACUGCCCUCUUGUGGCGGACGAAAGCCUCUACUCAAAGAAUGCCGUCUCAAUUAGUACUAAAUUAUUCCCCCUCAUCUCACUUUCACAAUACUGAGCAAGGCUCUUUGUAUUGUUUCAAUAACGACAGUCAUGCACAAAAGCUCUUUUGGCUCACAAGUUGCAUUCACCACCAGUUUGCUUUUGUGAUCGAGGGCCCCUGAAUAUUUUGUACAAUAAAUAUUUUAUGAAAUGUAUUUGAUGCUUUAAAAUUAGAUUUUGUUUUGGGAUUGAUGUUAGGUAUCAGGAUAUUUUAAGGAACUGUUUGAGCAAAAUCUUGAACUAAUGUGUCGUUCCCUUUGUCUUUAACACCACUGAUGAUGAACUGAGUUCUGUUUGAUGGUGUGUGAUCUUGUGUUUUUGUUGCAGCAAAUGCAUUUAUGGGUAAGGCACUGUUUUGUCACUACUCUGGCUCCUGAAUUUGUGAACUGAUAGUUUAGAAAAUAUGCUUAACCAAUCAUAGAUAUCCUGUUCCAAUUCCUUAGAGUUAAUUUGUAAGCCUUGUAACAGUGCGCAGCCAGCUGUAAUAAACUGACAUGUUACUCAA